ACAAACUUAUCAAUCUCCAAGUUCUACAUCUGGACACAAACUCACUCAGUUUUCUGCCACGGGAAAUUGGAAGUCUGAUAAAUUUGGAGGAACUCUCAUUAUCGAACAACCUGCUAAGUAAUCUGCCACCUGAAUUCAAAAACUUCGAAAAAUUGCGCAGCCUACACCUGGCAAACAAUGAGUUCAGUACCUUCCCCGAACCUAUCCUGUGUCUCCGAGAGCUGCGUUUUCUGGACGUCAGCAGCAACCAACUCACCAGCCUUCCCUCAGAUAUUCAAGCUCUCGGCAAACUGGGGGCUUUGCUUCUGAAUGAUAACCAGUUGAGUAGUGUCCCAUUUGAAAUUGGCACCCUAAGACAGCUACGUAUAUUCUGGAUUGGCAACAAUGCCAUCAAAGCCCUGCCCACAUCUCUGAAUGGUCUACAACAUCUUAAUUGGUCCAUGGUCAAUUGUCCAAGCACCACACUGGAAGGAAAUCCUCUCAGGUCUCCACCCAUUAAAAAACCACUCGAGGAAUUAUGCGAAAAUGCGGCAUUCGCAAUUUUUAAUUUCGAUGACAUUGGCGAAGUGGAGUCCAAGUUCAUGACCACUGAGCUCGGCGCCCGCUGUAGGUUAGCCAAUAAAUGCAUUAUCGAGAUAGGUUAA